AUGGAUGUUUUUCGUCAAUCGAUGGACGAGGUUAUAGAACCUAAAGUGAGCUUUUUCUCCAAACAAAAAUAAUAAAUCAAAAGUUUUAUUUAGUUUUCAAGACCAAGAAUCACAUGUGCUUAUUGUGAAAAAACCACUUAUGAUCGCGACGAGAUGACAAUGGUUCCGCAAUAUACUUCUAACGAUCUGGAGAAAUGGGUGGAUAUUCUUGGUGGCACAUUUUGGAAGAAUAUCAGAGGAAUAACUCAGCGCUGGAUUUGUAAAAGUCAUUUCAGAGAAACGUGGAAGAAUAAACGACCGCGUCAUUGUUUGCCUUUUGCCAAUUUGGGAAGACCUGAAAUUGAUACGGAACACAAAAAGUUAAAGACAGUGAGUUUUCUCACGAGUUUUAUUUUUUCAAUUUUUUUUUUGAUUUCCAGGAUUGUUCAAAAUACAAAUGUGCAUUUUGUGAAAAAAUCGAUAAAGUUUGUAAAAUGACAGUUGUUCCAACAAAUGAACGAUAUUUCAAUAAAUGGGUUCAUAUAUUAGGAGAAGAUUUCCGCAAAAAUGUUGUGAAUUCGGAAAGAAGCACUUCGAUGAUUUGUAGAUCUCAUUUCGAUGUUAAAUUUCAAGUUCGGCCCCCAUCUUUGCUACCAAAAUCAGUGGGAAUUCAAGAAAAUCCAGUGAAAAUCGAAGAAGAGGAAAAAUAUGAGCCAAACAUGUUGCAAUGUUGUUAUUGUUUGAAAAUUCGCGAGAGUUUGGAUAAUAUGCGAUUGAUUCCGAAAACAAUUCCUCAAUUGAUGAUCAAAUGGGUUGAUAUUCUUGGUGCGCAAUUUUAUGAGAAUAUUUCGAGAAGAAAGAAAAGUUAUAUUUGUUGGGAACAUUUUACGAGUCGACGAUCGCGCGUUUUUAAUGAAGAAAUCAUGGAGGAUUUUAGGAAGCGACAGAUUUUGAAAGAACAUGCGGCGAAUGCUGAACAACUUUGUUCCGAGCAAAAUAUCAUACCGAAUUUGAAAGAGGAGGAAAUUGAAGUUGAAAUCGAGAUGAAACCACAUAAUAUAUUGAUUGAGAAAGAUUAUAAAAUGGAAGUUGAAAUGAUGGUGGAAAAUUUGGAAGAUGAAGUGAAACCGGCGAAGGAAAUCAAGCAGGAAUGUUUAGAUUCGUCAUAG